GUUUUGCAGCUAUGCUCUACUCUCACCAAAACUCGUUCUGUUGCUGUUAGUUUUCUUGAUGCUGGGGGUUUACCUUUGCUGCUUUCCUUGCCAACAAGUAGCCUGUUUGUUGGGUUUGACAAUAUUGCUGCUACUAUAAUCCGUCAUAUGCUGGAAGAUCCCCAGACUCUUCAGCUGGCAAUGGAAUCUGAGAUACGACACAGUGUUGUGACUGCUGCUAACCGACAAUCCAAUGGAAGACUUACCCCGCGCAAUUUUCUUUUGAAUUUGACUUCUGUCAUCUCACGGGAUCCAGUGAUAUUUAUGCAGGCUGCUCAGUCUGUGUGCCAAGUUGAGAUGGUGGGUGAAAGGCCGUACAUUGUCCUGCUGAAAGAUCAUUUCUUCUCCCCCCUCUUCUUUUUGAUUUUUUUCUUUAUUCAGAAAAUACCCCUGCUGAAAGAUCGGGACAAGGAUAAAUACAAAGAGAAAGAAAAAGAUAAGGAGAAAGCAGUGGAGAAAGACAAAGCACAGACUGCUGAUGGGAAGGUUGCUUUGGGUAAUAUCAAUUCAUCAGGUCCCGUGAAUGGCCAUGGCAAACUUCCUGAGAUAAAUUCGAAGAAUGUGAAAGUUCAUCGAAAACCUCCUCAGAGUUUUGUAAAUGUGAUUGAGCUUCUAUUGGAUUCAGUUAUAACAUUUGUGCCUCCCUUGAAGGAUGACUCUUUGCCGAAGGAUACCUCCUUACCAAAGGACAUGGACAUCGAUAUCACUGGGAACAAGGGGAAAGGGAAAUCCAUUGUUUCUGUAUCUGAAGAGGUUGAGGCCAAUAACCAGGAACUUUCUGCAUCAUUGGCAAAAAUUGUAUUCAUUUUGAAGCUUUUGACUGAGGUUCUCUUGAUGUAUUCUUCAUCCAUUCAUGUUCUUCUCCGUCGAGAUGCUGAAGUAAGCAGUUUCAGAGGCCCUCCUCAACGCGGUCCUACUGGUCACUGCACUGGCGGAAUCUUUCACCAUAUUCUUCACAAGUUUCUUCCAUAUUCUAGAAGUUCAAAGAAGGAAAAGAAAACAGAUAUUGACUGGAAGCACAAACUAGCGAGCAGGGCUAGCCAGUUUUUGGUGGCAUCUUGUGUUCGCUCUACAGAGGGAAGGAAGAGAGUUUUUGUGGAGAUCAGUAAUAUGUUUAAUGAUUUUGUUGAUUCUUCUAUCGGUUUUAGGGCACCUGGCACUGAUAUCCCAGCUUUAAUUGAUCUGCUCAACGAUGUAGUUGCUGCUCGUACACCCACAGGUUCAUACAUUUCAGCGGAAGCUUCUGCCACUUUUAUAGAUGUUGGUCUGGUAGCAUCAUUGACCCGUACCCUCCAAGUAGUAGACCUGGAUCAUGCUGAAUCUCCCAAAGUUGUUACAGGACUUGUUAAAGUUCUUGAGAUAGUGACCAAGGAACAUGUCCAUGCUGCUGAUUCUAAUACUGGAAAAGCUGAAAAUUCAACUAAACCCGCUGAUCAGAGUCAACGUGGAGGAGCAGAUAACACUGGUGAAAUAUCCCAGUCCAUGGAAACUAGUUCUCAACAUAAUCAGAAUUCUGUGGGACCUGACCACAUUGAAUCUUUUGACACUGUCCAGACCUAUGGUGGAUCUGAAGCUGUUACUGAUGAUAUGGAACACGACCAAGAUUUUGAUGGAGGCUUUGCUCCAGCAGCCGAAGAUGACUAUAUGCAUGAAACUCCUGAGGGCACGCAGGGUCUUGAAAAUGGACUUGAUACUGUGCAGAUUAGGUUUUCAAUCCAACCACGUGACCAAGAAAAUCUUGUUGAUGAGGAUGAUGAUGAGGAAAUGUCAGCGGAUGAUGGAGAUGAUGUAGAUGAAGACGAAGAUGAAGAUGAGGAUGAUGAGGAGCAUAAUGAUCUGGAAGAAGAUGAAGUCCAUCACCUGCCGCAUCCUGACACUGAUCAAGAUGACCAUGAAAUUGAUGAGGAUGAGUUUGAUGAGGAGGUGGUGGAUGAAGAUGAUGAUGAUGAUGAUGAAGAGGAUGGGGUAAUACUUAGGCUGGAGGAGGGAAUCAAUGGGAUAAACGUUUUUGACCAUAUUGAGGUUUUUGGUAGAGAUAAUAGCUUCAACAACGAAACUCUUCAUGUGAUGCCUGUUGAAGUUUUUGGCUCUAGACGCCAAGGGCGUACUACAUCAAUUUACAAUCUCUUGGGGAGAACUGGUGACAAUGCUUCCCCAUCACAGCAUCCUCUUUUGGUGGAACCGUCUUCAUCACUGCACACAGCUGCUCUCAGGCAACCAGAAAAUACCCGUGAAGUUGGCUAUUCUGAUAGGAAUUUGGAGAACACCUCAUCACGUCUGGAUGCUAUAUUCCGGUCACUGAGGAAUGGACGUCAUGGACACCGAUUCAAUAUGUGGACAGACAAUAACCAGCAAACAGGUGGAUCAAAUUCAUCUGCAGUUCCCCAAGGGCUUGAAGAUCUGAUUGUUUCACAUUUGCGAUGGCCAGUCCCUGAGAAGCCCUCUGAUAAGAAUACGACGC